CCUCGAUUGACCUCACUAUCUGAUCUCCUCCGCGUCCUUAUUCUCUGGUUAAUGAAGAACCAUCCAGGCAAGUACCUUUCCAACCACAAUUACGAAAUAGAGCAUUCAUUAGUCACCUGCUUCACCAGCGACAAAUGAGUACGGCUGCCCACUUCUAGUACGUGACUUCAACUAUUGGUAUAUCGUAUUCUUUGGAACUGCUUCGAUCAACUGCUACUACGUGACCUGAUUUGACGUAUUUUUAGAGUUGUAAGCACCUCUUCAAUUAUCUAUUAGGAGUAAACAAUUAAUGCCUGUAGUUCUUGGCUCUUAUCUCCUGCUUACCAGCUAUUAGGAGUAAAUCACAACAAAAUGGGUCGUCCGAAGCCGAACCACACUCACCGCUAUUCUCGUGUACCUGGAUGUCUCGUUCGGCGUCACGACAAUGGCUUACAGAUGCUCAGCUUGUUGCCGCAAGCGUUUGACUACUGGCUAGAGCAGGUGAAAAAGGAGGCUCGUGCAGAGAUGAAAAUAACCUGUGCUAGUAUUGGUAUAGCAGAAUCAACAAAUGCAGCGACGACGAGCAAUACGAAUGAUAUACCAACGACCACAACUUCUACGACAUCUUCAAGUACUACAGGACCCACAUCUUCAUCUUCCAACUCCGCGAACCCCACUCGUCCCAAAAUCGAGUCCCUCCGGAUCUUCUAUCCUCCUAUGCAAACCGUACAAGGCAAGAAGAAAAAGAAGGGCAGCCAUUUUCUCCGGAAAGGUGACAAAAUUUGUGAAGUGCAUCUGAAUGGAGAAAAGUUUGUGUUGAAAAGCCCGAUCCAGGGGAAGGUGGUGGAAUGCAACGAACGCGUAGGGGAGAUCAUGGCCUCCAGAAAGAAGGAUGUCGAAGCUAUUUGUGGGGCUGUUGACAGGGACAUAGUAGAUGCGCACGCAAACGCAAUAGCGAAUAAAUCUUCAAGUGGUGGAGGGAGCACAAACACAAGAGUGGCAAACGACAAGAAUGAGAUAGACUGCACCACCAAGGUAGCAUCCAAAAAUGUUGACGCAAUAGACCGGCUCACCACGGCUUUGAUUGAAGAGUAUUUGAUCAUAGUGGAGCCUAGGUCCAAGGACGAUGAAGUUUUUUUCUGGCAGUUGGAGAGAGAGGAACCAGCGUUGAAAACGUCGUUGAAUGCUACAGAAAAGAUUUGAAUUUCAUAUUGUCUUAGACACUACCACCAAGACACCCUUGACUACGACACCUAUUAACGACCAAAAAUGCCGCUUCACCACAGCUUUUCCAAAACAUGAAGAGAAACCAAAAAAGAAGAAG